AUGCGGGCUUCUCUCGUCGCCAUGGCGGCUUUGGUCGCCGGCGGCUUCGCUCAGCCGACUUGUCCUGCGGCGGCCACUACGACGGUCUUUGUCACGGUCGGCUCAGCCAACAAUGUUGAUCCCCCGGUCGUCGUCAAGACUGUCACUGCCACGGUUCUUCCCCCUGCCCAGUCUCCUUGGUCUCCUGCCUCUCCCGCUCUUCCGGCCACUCUCACUGUCACCAUCGACAGCUAUGAUCCCCCUACUGGCGGUUCCCAGUUCACUGGCCCCAAGCCUUGGGAGUCAUCCCCUGCCCAGCCCACCGCUCUCACUAUCGUCACUGUCACUGUCCCUUCUCCCGGUCUCAGCACCCCUGUUGGAAACUCUCCUGCUCCCGCUGGCAAUGGUGUCACUGGUGGCCAACAGACGCCCACUGGUGCUCUCUCUGGACCGCCUGCUUUCCCCUGGAACCCCACCAAGACUGGCACCUCCAACUGCCAGUCUGCCACCCCCAAUUCUGGUUCUGGAAGCAACACUGCUGGCGUCACGGUCAUCACCACGACUCUGUUCAGAACCAAUGCUUACCCAGGUCAAGCCACACCCUCUGUUGACAGCCUUGUUGCGUCUUUCACAGUCACGUUCCCUCAACCUGCUGCCACCGGUUCUGUUCCUGGCUCUGCCUGGACCACUGGCGCCGUCGACCCUGGCUCUGGCGAGCUCUUCACAUACACCAUCACUGCACCCGUGGCCACUGGCUCUCCCUCUAACCCCAGCAAUGGCGACUCUGUCACUUCCUUCACCACUACGCUGUACCGAACACGUGCCGGCUCUGGUCAAGGCACGCCUGUCGUCGAUGCACUUGUGACUUGCUUCACCGUCACCUUCCCGACGCCCACUGGAACCGGGCUCACCGUCACUGGUGUUCCCGCUGCUUCGACUGUUGUCCCAGGAGGUGUCCCUGGAGGCGGCGUUCCUGGUGGUUCUGUCGGCACAACGACUCGUUACAUUGCAACCGUGGUUCCUGGCCCUGACGGUUCGUUGAGCUAUUCCAUUCGCACAGUUGUUUCGACUUUCACGGUGCCCACUGCUGGCUCUUCUCCCGUUGGAUCUGUUGUGACCACCACCAUUGUCCGAGCCUCACCUUCAAACAUCCCCUCGGACGGCGUUGCAACCGUGGUCACCACGACUCUGGACGGUUCUUCUCCCAGCGCUGGCAGUGGCAACCAACCAAUGGAUCCCUCGGACCCGUCUGUUGUCGUUUUCACUCUGACAGUUCCUCGACCUUCGGACGGCGGUCCUGCCACCUACAUCACUGUGCUUCCAAGCGUCCCAGGAGGCAUUGGUUCUGGCGACGCAAGCACUCUCGCGGCUUCCACCGUUACACUCAUUCAGACGAUGCCAGCAUCUGGCUUACCACCCUUGACGCCUGGUGGUCAGAUUCCCACCUCGAUCCCUGGAAGCUACGGUGAUCCCGCUCUUCCUGGUGCAUCCGGAUUUCCCGCCUCUGGUAUCCCGGGCUCUGGCGUUCCCGGCUCUGGCGGUCCAGGCUCUGGUGGUCCAGGCUCUGGUAUUCCGGCCUCUGGUAUCCCGGGAUCUGGUCCGGGAGUGCCCAUCACGAUCACUAUUCCUUCAGGUGGCACUGAUCCAACAACUGUCAGCGGUCUCCCGGGUGGCUAUGGUGACUCAGCUCAGACUGGUGUUCCUCCUUUCGUCUCUGGUCCUACGGUCGUCGUCUGGACAGUCACCCAAGCAACUCCUGUUGCUGGUGUCCCAACAUCCAUCGCUGGCAUUCCCACAUCUCUCGUUGGCUUUCCCACGUCGGUUGUUGUUCUUCCAACAUCACUCGUAGGCUUUCCCACUUCCAUUGCUGGUCUUCCAACACCUGUCAUUGGCGGCUACGGUUCUGUUGUCAGUCCUGCAACUCUCGCCUCGUUCCCCCAGAGCACGCCUUCUGUCGUUACCCUUUGGCCAGUCGCGUCAAGUAUCAACUCUGCUCUUCCCAAUGCUGCGACCAAGACUUCCUGCUCCACCACGUUGACGACCGAGAUUGUCUCCACAGCAGCAGUGCUCACCAGUACAUUGGUCAACGUCGUCGCCGAUGCAACAACCACGUACACUUUCCCCUACGAGUCGCUUGUCACCACCGUUGGCGUCUCAACCAUCGUAGCUGCCACUGGCGCCGCGGGCACUGCCACUGCCUCCACCUUGACCGCCUCUGCCGCCGUUUCUGGGUCUGUCGUCACUUCCUCUGCCGUCGCUGUCUCCACCUGGCAGAGCGUCAUUGUUCAAAGCUCUGUCGUCCAGGUCUUCACCACCGGAGUCUUCACCAGCGUCAUCCAGUCUGGAGUCGUCCACAAGCGCUAUGUGAAUACGACCGCGACAGCUGUGAAACCAGUGCCGACACCAAUCUGCACUGGCACCACGGAGGUUGGCAACCUCAACCUGGAUUUCGACGAUGUCCCUUCCGGUCCCUUCUUCAACCCAUACCACCGUUUCUGGUUCUCCAAGGGAUUCCUCGUUGGCCCGCCACCACUGAUGCCAUUCCUUCCGUCCUCCGGCGGCCGUCUGAUUGGGUUUGUGCCUCCUGUUUUGUCGAACACUUCCGCGGACAACGCAUCUGGCGAUACGGCACAAAUUGGCAUGGGAAAGCUUGCUUCUUCUCCCUGCUUCCAGUUUGACUUCUUUGGCAUGAAUCUGGGCUGCCAUACCGACGCCGCCGUCCCGAACCAGCUUUGUGUUUUCACCUUCACGGGGUACAGGUGGGACGCCGGCAGCGCCGAGGAGAUCGCAGCCGUCAGUCAAGAUGCCUGGGUCAACGCUUGCAACAAGACUGCCGAUUGCCCUCUUACCCCCUUUUCCGCCGUGGACUUCACCGGUCUUAGCUCCAUCCUGGUCACGUUGCGUGUCGAUGGCCAGUCCCAGGUCUGGUGGGGCGAUGACCUCCGAGUCGGUUGGAGCAAGAAUGACUGCGCGACGGCGAGCUGUCGACAACAGUCCGAGCCAGAGGUCUCUCAGCGCCAAAGAGGUCCUACCUGGUACUGGACCCCGUCUGGCCUGAGAGUCUUGUCGUCUUCCAGAAUCAAUGCGCACUUUCUGAUGUGA